AUGAACAAUCCAAGUGCAGAAUUUGUUUCUAUAGGACGUUUGGAUAAUAAUAGACUAGAUUUUAUCAAAUAUUCAAAGUUUUGGGGAGGACCGACUGCAACUCUCGUCCCAACUGCAAAUGCUCACGUUUGGGGAGUAAUCUGGCGCUUGAAUGUUGAAAACAUAUCGGUACUUGAUGAGCAAGAAGGCGUCGAAAGGAAAAUUUACUACCCAACGUACGUUCCAGUCUUGACACCUUAUAUGGGAACAUUUCUAUGUCGGGUGUAUGUUCAUAAAGUAAACCCUCCGCCAAUGGGAGACAACGAUAUAAUACCUGUGGAGCGCUGGCCGUCCAGGACUUACAAAGAAAUGAUAAUACUCGGUGCAAUGGAACAUGAACAACCUGAAUAUUAUAUACAAAACUUAGAAAAAAUUAAAAACAAUGGGGAAAAGGGAUGUCUUAAAAUGGCUAGUCUUUUGUUACGUUACGCAAAGGAUAUGCCUUGUCCAUGUAUUUUACCAUCCAAAAAAGAUAAACCACCGAUGUUAGAUUUACGUAAACUUCGGGAGAAAAAUAUAAUUCUUAAAGAGAUCCGUUUCAAAUCAGAC